CGGCGGUACGUCAGCGCGCCGCGCCGUAAAGCGCGGGGCGGCGCCCUUCCGGCGGCGGCGUUUCCUCCCGUUCCUUGCGACAGCGCCGCGCGGCAGCGGCGGUUGGCGCCUUUGUCCUGGCGGGCGGCGGCGGGCGGCGGAGCGGGCCCGGCGCGGCGACUUGGAUUUGGAACGAAAGCAAAAUGGCUCGAGGACGCAAGAGCAAUAGCAUCAAACAGAGCGACUUCACUAACAGCACCAAUCCACAGGAUUUAGAGAGAAGACUUUUUGUCGGCAAUUUGCCCACAGACCACAUGACUCGUGAAGAAAUGGAAGAGAUAUUUUCAAAAUAUGGCAAAAUAAGGGCCCUCAGCAUGUUCCAUGGCUAUGGGUUCGUCCAGUAUGAACGUCUAGAAGACGUCCAGGCCGCUCUGGACGGUGAGAAGGGUCGCCUUUUUAAAGGGUAUAGAUUAGAUAUUAAUAAAGCAGCGGAAAGAAGAAAUAUGAAUAAGGCUUCAUCAAGGUCCAGUCCAGCACGAAGAGAGCAAUAUGCCUAUGGGGAUGGCCGAGAUGCCAGACGCGAUCGCUCCCCUCUUCGGGGGAGCCCACGAAGAGACCCGAGAGACGGCAGAGAUGGUAGAAACGGGCGAGAUUCCAGAGAUGCUCGAGAUAUUCGAGCUAGAGAUAUGCGUGAUGCCAGAGACCACAGGGACCCACGGGACCUGCGAGACCCCCGAGAUCUUCGAGACCCCCGAGAUAUCAGGGAUCCAAGAGACUUGCGGGACCCUCGUGAUGUUAGAGAUCUUCGUGACCCACGGGAGCCACUGUAUGAUCGAUACAGGGAUCCGCGCGAUGUGAGGAAUCCACGAGAUAUGAGGGAUCCACGUGACAUCAGGGAUCCGCGGGAUGUGAGGGAUCCGCGGGAUCCUCUGUAUAGGCGAGAUGAAGCAUAUGACCGUUAUCUUCGCCUUGAAGACUACUAUCGGAGGAAGGAUGACUCUUACUAUGACCGUUACAAAGAGCAUUUUGAUAGAGCACCGGUGAAUUCAGAAGACCGUCUGAAGCGUGAGGAGCGACGUCGAGAGGAGCUAUACCGUCAGUACUACGAGGAAAUCAAGAGACGUUUUGAUGCAGAGAGACCUGUGGAUUGUUCCGUGAUAGUGGUGAAUAAGCAGACAAAGGAGUACGCAGAGUCAGUGGGGCGAAAAGUGCGGGACCUGGGCAUGGUAGUGGACCUGAUCUUCCUCAACACAGAGAUGUCACUGACGCAAGCCCUGGACGACGUGAGCAGAGGAGGGUCUCCUUUUGCCAUUGUCAUCACCCAGCAGCAUCAAGUUCACCGUUCUUGCACUGUUAACAUCAUGUUUGGCACCCCACAAGAACACCGCAACAUGCCCCAAGCUGAUGCCAUGGUGCUGGUGGCAAGAAAUUAUGAGCGCUACAAGACAGAAUCACGGGAGAAGGAGCGUGAGGAGAUCGCCAGGCAGGCUGCCAAGAUGGCAGAUGAAGCUGUUCUACAAGAGCGAGAGCGCCCACCGCCCAUGGAGGAGGGUGUCAGAGGAGGUCACCCUCCGGGGAUUCAGACUCUCUUGAACCUGCUGGCAGACAAUCGCUAUCUAACUGCUGAGGAGACUGAUAAAGUAAUUAAUUACUUGAGAGACCGGAAGGAAAGGUUACUGAGGGGAAGCACUGAUUCUCUGCAGGCACCCAUGUCAAGGCAGUCUUUGGGGGCACCUUCAGGAUCAUCCCUGGGCAGUCAGUCCAGCCUUCCAAGCUCCCAGGCUCAUCAGGGUUCGCAGCCUCUGGUCUCUGCUCCUUCUGUUCCGGUAUCCUCUGCUAAUCCUCAGCAGGAGCUUCAGGCAAAAAUCCUCAGUCUCUUCAACAGUGGGGCAGCGGCAGCAGCAGCAGCUGCUGUAGCAAACAGCAGUUCUGCAGCCUCUGCAGGUACUUCGGGUGGCACUCCGAAUCAAAACUUUGCUAACAUGGCCAGCAGCCAGGCCCGGUCAGCACAGAUAAGUGCUGCAAACUUAAACCAAGCUCAGCAGAGAUUGCAGACUCCAAGCACACAGCUUCCAGCUCUCCAGGGCCCUUCAAGGAAUGCAGGUCCAAGACCCGGAGCACCUCCACCAGCUCAGUCACUCUACGGUCAGCACCAAAAUCGCCUGCCUGCUCCUGGCAGUGUACCUACUCAAAGGCCAGUAUCUUCUGGUAUCAACUUUGACAACCCUAGUGUACAGAAAGCUUUGGACACCCUUAUCCAGAGUGGUCCUGCGCUCUCCCACCUAGUGAGCCAAACAGUGGCCCAGGGGCGAGCAGGAUCCUCAGCCCAGCAACCUAUGGGUUCCUACCAGCGACACUAUUAAAGCCGCGCUGUCGAGCCCUUUCCCCUUCCCUUUGCCAUUCCAUACUUAUAGCUGUUUAAAGAGUCUCCUGUUCUUGACACAGGACAAAUGCUCCUGGAUAUGCAUGUCCUCUCCACUUUGGCGAGAGUUUACCCCCAGCGGCAUUGCUGCUGAGUGUUGCUAGCGCUGCUCUUCCUCACCUUGGUCUGGUUAGCAACGUCUGGGGAACUGUGCUCUGUUUUCUCGGUGACAGGAUGUGCUGAGAGCUGCUGUGGGUAUUCAGUUGUUUCGUCCAAGCCAGAAGUUGCUGCAGUGACAGUCCUUCUGCGUUUUCCUCUCUCCCGGUAGCUGGUGCACCUUCACAUCGCAGUGCAGUCUGACGUCACUGAAUGGUCUUACUAUAGUUUUGGGUCAGUGGUUUUGAGCAAACGAGAUGGGUCUGAGCAGAGUGGUACCCUGACUGGGCCUUCUUGGAGAGACACCUUUUUGAAACAGGCACUAUUUUUCUUUGAUUUUCAGUUUUUUUUAAACGGCAUAAAAGCCGGUUUAAAAGAAAGUACGGUGGUAGCGCUAGCAACUGAACUCAUGAAGCGCAUGCCUGACUACCACUCAGUAACGAGUACAGUGCAGUUUGAUCCUUCCAGAGCUCGGACUGUCAUUCCCUGGCAGAGUGAGGCAAACAUAAGUAGUCCUUACCUGGCCCAGCUUAUGGAAAUUGGCAGCUUUGGUCUGAGCACUGUGGUAUGCCUGAAACAUGAGAACUUCCAGCCAAGGCAGAGAUUUCAAAUAUUCUGUCAAUUUUCCUGCACUCAAGUAGUCAAAUUUAAGAACAGUCUGUUAAAUCUGGCAUAUCAGUUUCCUUUUCUUAUGAUACUGCUUUGGGGCAGUUGGCUACUGUCACCCAACAGCCCAGCCACAGCCACGGUGGUGUGUUGCUGGCUCUCUCUUGGAAGUAACUGCAGCCGGUUACCGCGUGGUGAAUGUCUGUCCUCUGAAACUUCAUCUUGCUGUUGACUGAUGUUUUAUCCAUCUAAAGUGUGAGGGGCAGUGCCAAGAUGCAAUAGUAUGGUUUUAUACAUUUUUUCAACACUUUGGUAGCUGCAGCAAACAGUUGAGUGGAAAAUCAGGCAGAUUCUUCACCAUGUUUUUAAACAGUGACAUACUUUGAUACCAGAACACAAAACAUCUCUAUGUGGUCCUCCUUUGCACAGCCUUUCUUGCAGUCUGUAGGCUUCCUGCAGAGGAUUGGAAGAAACUAAAAUGCAAAGUUCAUGGAGCAAAGAUUUUUUUUGUCCCAGGUGGUUUGUGUUGUAGCAUUUUUUUUUCUCUGUGCUGUUAACAAGAGGACAUUACUUUUUAAUAAAAAGGCAGGAAAAAUG